CGGGAGGCGAGUUGUUUGUGUGAGUCGCUUCACUCACUCGGGUGUUUCUCCUCUCUGUAAUGGAGCUUUCUGUGUGAUCCUGAGUCUGAGUUAAUACAGUUUAAUUUUUAAUUUAUCAGAUGAAUCCGGCUUUGGAGAAGAUGAACGGAGCGGCGUUCCCGUCUCCCACAGCCGAAAUGGCCGAGAUGAACCGCAUCCACUACGAGCUUCAGUACACGGAGGGCAUCAGCCAGCGCAUGCGUGUGCCUGAGAUGCUGAAAGUCGCCCCGUACACCAGCGAGGAGAAGGAAGGUGGCGUCAACCCAGGCCAUGAUUUGCUGCACACGUCCAUGAUGCAUGUCCCUGACAGGAUCAUCAUAGCAGGAGACGAGGAAGACACGCAGUUUUCCAGACCGAGAGAUCUGGAUCUGAUCCAGUCCACGCCACUUGAGACUCUGUCUCUGAAGACUCCUCCACGGGUUCUCACUCUCAACGAGCGGCCCCUCGACUUCCUGGAAAUGGAGCCGUCCAGUGAAGAGGUACGCACGCAGACCCGAGCACGCAGAGAACGUUCAGUCAGUGAAAACACAGCUGUGCGCCACAACAGCCAGGUUCCCAGAAACGACUCCUCUGUUUCUCCUCCUUCCCCGUCCACUCUGCGUGCUCUGUCGCUCCGUCGUCCUCCUGAUGAGGUGCAGGGUGUGUCUGGUGCGCGCGGCGUUCUCUCCUUCCUCCAGUCCAGCACUCGUCGGGCCUACCAGCAGCUUCUGGAGGUCCUGGAUGAGAACCAGCGCAGUAAGCCUUCUCUCAGGGGAGGUUCCACCUCCUCUAACCUCCAGCAUGACAGCAGAUUUGCGCUGGACACGACUAUGGAAGGGGGAGAAGAUCUGGCUGUGGCAGACGCUACAGCUUUAAGGAGACAGAUCAUCAAACUGAACCGAAGGCUGCAGCUCUUAGAGGAAGAGAAUAAAGAGCGAGCCAAGCGUGAGAUGAUCAUGUACUCCAUCACCGUGGCAUUCUGGCUGAUUAACAGCUGGGUGUGGCUCCGCCGCUGAGUUAAACAAAAAACACCCGGUUUCAUCUAAGCUCCGCCUCCUCGCUUCAGGUGUCAAACAUCAGCCCUGGUUUCUGCGCUCGUGUCCCAAAGCUGGUGAGCCUUUCUACCUGCACAGGACGACUCCUACAGCCACAGGACAUGCUACUCUUCGUGUAUAUUUGUGUUUUUGUUUUGUUUUUUAUUUUAAACAUUGACAUCGUUGCUGAAGGCCGUGCAUGAACCAGAUGUGUGUAGAAACAUAUACAAGCUUAAGGCUCUGUGGUGCUGAAUCUCAUCUCAUCUCUCUCUCUCUCUCUCUCUCUCUUUUUUAUAUAUAUAUAUAUAUAUAUAUAUAUAUAUAUAUAUAUAUAAAACUAGUCUCUUAGAUGAAAUUCAGCAUCACAGAGGCUUGCGCUCGUAUUCGGCCAGUUUUUACACCUGUCUGUAUUCACACAACUAUAUGGAAAACGAUGAGCCCGUUCUGAACGUCUGAACUGUGUAAAUAUGGACCCAAGGAAUUGAGACACAUGCCUGCUGAUAGCCGGAAUAAUAGUAUUUAAGGAAUGUUGUGACGAUAGCCAUCACCUCAGAUUUCUGUAAAGCUGUUGCCACGUCUUGAAAUCUUCUGUAACGUCCUGUUCUGUCUUUCUUGUGAUGGAUGUGAUGAUCAUGUUUGGGAUUUGAGACCAUGUUUGGAAUAAGAUGACCAUAAUGAUGUUAGAAUUACUCUCUCUUUCUCUUUCUCAUCCAUAUGCACUAUACUAUAACUACAGAGCACUUCUGUUUAAAUAAAGAAUAAUGGUACCUCCA